AAAGAAAAGAAAAAAAAAAAGACAACCAAAACCCGUUAUAGGCUUUUCCAAAAUCCAAACACGCCCUAUACUGCUAUACACAGCACGGAAAGAGAUUACAAGGUAGAAGGACACAGAGGAAAGAAGGGUAAAGUGGAAGAAGGCGAUAAUGGGUGCAGAAGGGCAUUUAUUGAAGAGAAUUCCACGCAUUAAAUUCCCACAGAGACACCCAACUUCCUCAGCUUCUUCAGGUUCUGCAUCUCUAGCUCAACAUGCAUCAACAAAUAAGGACACUUAUAAGUCAGAUGUUCCAGCAGCACCCAUAAACACUGCUGUGGGAGGGAAAGCUACUCUUCAGCCAAAACGUACACCAGUCUCAAACAAGGAGAUAGAGGCUAUACUGUUGGGUGGAUGCGAAUGAUCUGGCCGAGAAUUAUUACCAUGUAAAUGCAAUGUCAUCAAGGGUAUUAAUGUACUGUUUUCUAUCAUUUUGCUAAAUAAUCAAGCUCUUUAAAUACUCUUUUAUUGUAUAUGUAAGAGAGUUGGAAUGUAAAGGAGUUCUGAGGGCAGGAUAAAUAGACCUUGCUUUGAUCUUGCAAAAGUAAUAAAUGUAUAUGAUUUCCCAGGAAAUAAUGUGGUUAUUUAUUCAAUGUUCCAUAAUAAUAAUAAAAAGGCAUUGACUAUGAUA